AAGUUUCUGCUGCUUCCAGUGGCGGAUUCAGGAUUAUCUGUUGGAAUCACCUGUAAUGUGUUGAACAAACCUUUACAUUUACACUCUUAAGAAGAGGGUGUCUUAUGCUAAUGAGUGAGGGUUUCUUUAAUGAUGUUGUUCUCACUACAUUGCUUAAAACAAAAAGCAUUUCAGAAGCUUUUCAUAGUUAAAAGUUAGCUGGUCUUUGUUUCUUAUACUAGCCAUAAUAUUUUUCACUGUUUUUAGCAUUGCCUAUGUUCCACAGGCAAGAUUAAGUAUAUGAGCAUAGAGAAGCUUGUAGCAUGUUUUACAGAUUUAUUUUGAACCUGCUUGCGUCAAACUUGUCUAUGCUAAUGUUCCCACCUGGGAAAGCAAUGCUAACAAAUAUUUAACUUUUUUAAAACACCUCUGAAAUGUAUCAGAUCUCUUUUUGGUGACUGAUAUAUGUAAGCACCACACUCCCUGCCCAGCAUGCUAGCAGUCUGAAUAGAACAAGAAACAAACCAGAAGCUACAGGAAAGAGAGAACAAACAUGGCUAUUUUUAGACAAGAAUCAAGAGGUGGGUUUGGUAUAUUUUUUAGGAUUAAGUUUGUGGCUGCUUUUUGUUGUGCAGGUUUUGUUUCUUUUACAGGUAUGUAGUUUUGACCUGAGAUGUGACUUCGUUUAGAAUCAGUUCAGUGUGCUCAGAGCCGUGAGAUGUCCAGACAAAAAGAAGUUUCAUCUAGUCCUUCAUUUGAGGAAAAUGUAACAGAAAAGGAACAGAGUACAGGUGUACAGCAGAUCUUAUGCUGAAUGUCAGCUAGGAACAUCAGGCCCUUCGCACAAAACUGGCAUGUAUGACUUUGAUGAGCUUGUGGUGACUAACAAUGAUGUUGUGCUUAAAAAUAUCGCUGAAGAUUUGCGGAAUUGUUUACCCAUGGAGGCAAUGUUUAAUUCGGAACAUCAAGCUGUACAGAAAAUACACCAGCAUCCACUGCCCAUGAUUCAUGUUGAUGCAUUCCUUUAUGAUGAUGAUUUUGUUGAUUCAUUGUGUGAGGAGGGGAAAAUGAGUAGGAGCUACUGCACAGAGUGUGGCUCAUACAAGACUGCAUCUUUGGAGUUUAUUUCGCAUUCCUUUUCCCUCAUGGAACUGAAGUUUCUUUAUCAACAUGUACUGCCUGACCUGACAGGAAAGGUAGUGGUUGACGUUGGCUCCAGACUUGGUGCAGUGCUAUUUGCGGGUUAUCUUUAUAGCUCAGCAUCCCAACUCUAUGGAGUAGAAAUGAAUGCAGACUUUUGUCAGUUGCAAGAAAUGAUGAUUACAAAAUACCAGUUCAUUGACAGAAUUAAGGUGGUUCACGCAGACAUCUGUACUCAGGCUUCGCUUCUUCAGAAGGCUGAUGUUGUUGUAAUGAAUAAUGUCUUUGAAUAUUUUCUUGACAGAGAGGAACAGGCUAGAGCUUGGGAAUUUGUUGCUUGUAAUAUAAGGAAAAGAGGGUCCUUAUUAGUGACAGUUCCAAGCCUUACAGAAUCACUUUCAAAGGUCCAGACAGAUAUACAGCUUGGCCAAUGGGUCGAAGAGAUGCAGCUGAACUAUGAUGUGUAUGUGGAAAAAGAUGUUGACAGAGAAGCACUUGAACAAAUACAUUUAUACAAGAUUCUCUAGUAGCUGGAAGAAUUUACUAGUAUCCUUGUAAUAUCAUAUAUUUUGGGUCUAAAAUGAAUUUGGAUUGUCUUGUGUGAAUAGAUCAGGUCAGAAUUCUUAUUGUGAUAAAUUUGGGUCAUAUCUGUGGUUUGUAAUGAAAGAGUCUUUUGAAACAGGUUUUUUUUUAUGGAGGCAUUCUGUAUCAAUGGUGUAUAUUAAUUUUUAACUAGGAGAUAUCUUUAUGGUUUAAUUUUUGCAGAAAUUUUGGAGAGAGUGGGUACGUACGGAUGCUAAAAGAAGUUUUAUUCACUGCUAAUGUUUGCUAAAUGUGUCAAACAAGAAUAGCAAAUAAUAAUAUGAAUGUUAAGAAUGCAUUUAGCAUGUUACUCGAAAGCUGCAGUAUGUUAGAGUUUGCUGUUUUGUUUUGAUACAGACCAUUUAUUAUCAGUAAUAAUAUUUAUUAUUAACUGUAUUAUCUUUAAUGUUCCUUCUGUAGAAUUUGUGGAUUUCUUUCCAGGGUCUGUUUGAUAAUCAGAGCAUCCACUGGCAUCAGUUAUGAGAAGCAAGUCCUUCCAUUUAGUUAGUUAUCCUUAAGGUGGGUAUUAACAUAAAAAAGCAAAAGACAUUGAGGAGCCAUUGAGAAUUAAUACAGUGAGUCUGGGACAACAGAACUCUGUUCCACUUCCUGCACUUCUGCUGGGGAUGGUAGGAAGUGUAAUAAGGGGUUAAGAAGCUGAAAAUUCUGAACAGGUGUCACAGCUUAGCGGAGGCUUGGUGGUGGCGUAAAACGUUGGAAAUUCGUAACAGAGCCUCCUCGGAGAGGAAAGAUCCACAUACGCCCACCACAUUUACAUUUAGAUUGUACGUUCUAAGGAUGUGAAGCUUUUAGUCAGCUGAAGAAUGUUUCAGUUUUUAGCAAACAUUAACAGUCUGAGUGCAAAAAUAUGAACUUCAGGAGUUUGGACAAAGUGUGCUGGGAAUUUGGAAGCACUGUUAAAAGUUUGCUACACAACUUAGGUCUAGUGCAAACAGGAAAACUUUAAAUGGGUUUCAAGUCUUCAAAUGAUUUACAGGUCAGUGAACUUAAUAUACACUGUAAGCAAAAAGGAACAGUGGCCAUUAGGCACUCACAAACAUAGUAAGUAAAUGGUACUGUAGAAGGGAUAGUGAAUUUUAACAAGUCUUAUUUUCAUGUUCUGUUUGAAGUGGAAGAUGUUUUUACCUUGAGUGAUACUGAACCACUAUGUUGAACCUUGCAUUUAAAAAUUAACAAAGAUGGAAAGCUUUUUCUUAAAAAUGUUUAUUUUCUUAAAGAACAGUAACUGAA